UCGCGGCGAGGGUGAGGACGGACUCCCCUCUCCUGCAACGUGCGCGGCGCCCGACCCUCGGAAAUUCUGAAAGCGUUUCGCGCCUGUGCAGCUCGCGGGGGUGGCGAGGGACCGAAAAUCGAGGUGAAAGGAAACGUCCGCGGAUCCGGCCUAAGGGUCUCUCCUAGGGCUGGUGCGUAAUCGGUGUCCCGACGAAAAUAUUCUUCGGUCCCGCUGUGCGUGUGCGUCCUACGUGUACCACGAAUACAAACCGACCCUUAUCGGCGCGACCGCGCGCACACCUGGCCGUAUCGCGUCCAUCCCCCGAUAACCGUGUGUCCUUCUCGUGUCCCGUCGUCGUACUUCGGUUUUCGUAAACACGCACGCAACGCACACGCGUCGCGGUAACGACGUAGGGUAUAUCUCGGUUUCCGUGCGUGACUGUGUGUAUACGAGCGGACGCAUCGGCGAGGAUUUACAUACGGGCGGAUAAAGCGCGUCUCGACUGGCGUACGGCCGUGCAGCGUGCGAGUCCGGGGAUCCACGGGCGAUCGUCGCGAUACAACACCAGGGGGAUAGAGAGGACAGUUGCACAGAGUGCUCCGAUAACCGACGACACGGCGGACUCGUUCGAUCGCGGCGGUGGUGGUGGUUUCUUCCUCGCGUGACACACUUUUGUCGCCAGAGAGAAGAGAAACUCUCUCUCCUUUGGCAGACCUCCGAGAGAGGAGGGAACCGUCUUGGCGGACUGUGCGACAACCUCCCGCAAAAAUUGAUAAGUGCCCGCGGCCGCCUAAGUGAGAGUUCACCGCGGGUGAUUCGCGAGUGUGAUUCAGGCCCCGUGAUCAGUGAUCCGAGUUUUGUUGGUGUCUGACUGAGAGGUUCAAUCCUCUUCGACCCGUUUUGGAAGAAGUACCGAUUCCGAGCGACUGGCGGCCGUGAUUGCUCGCUUGGAUCCCGCGCUACCUUGGAGCCAGCCGGGAUUUUCGAUUAAAGACCAGGUGGAUCGCGUAGUACUCGUGAAUAACGGGGGUAUCAUGUGUCCCCGAUUGCAGCCCUCCUUUGAGGGUUGAUCCGACGACCCAGGUUCCCAGUGGCCCGUGUGUGAUUGUGCGCUGGAACUAGACCGUAGACGUCUUCUUAAGGGACACCGAUUUCGCUGAGGGAGCUGGUCCCAUCGAGGACUAACCGUGUACCACAUCCCCGCGUUGAAAGAGGACUUAAAACCUCGCAAAGAUGCGGGACCGGCUAUCGUGGUACAUGGUCUUCCUGAUCCUGCCGACAAUACUCCUGGCCAGGUCACUCGAUAAAGACCGGCGCGUACCCUACAGCAUACCGUCAGAUUGGAAGACGCUGUGGUUCAGCAAUCUGGACGAGCUGCAAAGAGUGAACGAUGCGAACGACAACAACACCGUCUCCAACGUCACGGUGCAACUGGGGGGCACCGCCUUUUUGCAUUGCAGAGUUCGCAAUUUAGCGGAAAGAACGGUGUCCGACACCGAGAUAUCUUGGAUACGACGACGUGAUUUCCACGUCCUGACCAGCUCUAUGUUCACGUACACGAACGACGAGCGGUUUCAAGUGUUGCACGCCGAGGGCUCGGACGAUUGGACUCUUCAAAUCAAAUACGUUCAAGAAAGAGACAACGGGACCUACGAAUGCCAGGUCUCGAGGAGUACAGGGAUAGUAUCACACUUUGUCAAUCUAAACAUAGUAAUACCAGAAGCAUUUAUAUUAGGGAGCGGCGAACAUCACGUCGACGUAGGAUCCAUUAUAAACCUCGUGUGCGUAAUAGAAAAGAGUCCAACGCCACCGCAAUAUGUUUUCUGGUAUCAUAAUAACCGAAUGAUAAGUUUUGACACCACGCGGGGCAACGUAAUGGUACAAACCGAUUCCAGUUCGACUCAAAGUCGGCUGAUAAUUCAGCAAGCGGUGGAAUCGGAUACGGGGAACUAUACGUGUAGCGCCUCGAACACCAAACCGGCGUCCAUCUUUGUUUUUGUCACAGAAGGUGACAAAAUGGCAGCCAUACAGCGCCGUAAAACAUCGGCUGCGGAGAAAAAUUUCUGUGAAUUGCUAGUACUAAUUGUCACCAUUGCGAUAGACGCCAUUUUAACGCGAUAAGCGUUUCUCUUCGAUAUGUCCAUAAUUAUUAUUAUACCGUUACUUCCGUUUGUGAUAGAUAGGCUACUAUUCUGCGAUUUUAUCCCUCUAUUCACUCUCCUUCUUUCCCUUCGAGCUGAACAUCGUACAACGCGAUUCUCGUUUUCUUACGUUCGUUCCUCCUUAUAUUUUCUCUUAGCCCGUCAAAUUUCUUCCACGUUAUCGUCGUAAAUCCUCGUUUAAAGUACCAUUCGAUUAGCUGUUCGCAAUCAUCGUCACAUCCUCCCGUACUUCUCGCCAUUAACGUCUUUCUUUUCAUUUUGUUUCCGUGGUUUCGUCGCCGAGGUUGCCGCCGGCUGAUUUAUUUCAAAAUACCGAGAUUUUCAUGGUAGAUUGUGGGUGUUCCAAGUCCACGUCUUGCGUGUAACUAAAACUGGUAGAAAUACUCGCGGAUAAUUGCAACUUCUCUCUCUCUCUCUCUCUCUCUCUCUCUCUCUCUCUCUCUCUCUCUUUUUCUCUUUCCUUUUCACUUCCUCUCCAAACGUUUCUAGGCAGAUACGUCAAUUUUCUUCAACACAGUACACAUUGAAACGGUCUCGAACAAUAAAAAUAAUCUCACCACGGAGAUCGUUUCGGAAUCGUAAAAAUGCUUGUCGUUUUUCCGUUUCACAAGGUAAACGUAAUUCCCUGUAAUCGCUAUACGUGACCAGGUUACGUAAAAUGCGUAUCAGAUUCGUAUAAUAAUAGAGGCACUAGGUUACACAGCUAAUCCCCAAGAGCUAAAUAAAACACGAUAGACCCGAGAUAUUUUAUUGCAAACAUGGAUAACGCGCGCGUUCUUUACACGUUCUCCACUUUUACUAUGUUUCUUCGCAAAUAGACGAACAAGUAAAAUCUCCGUGAUCGGAACAGUUCAUGGAAUCGCUCGUUCUUGAGUCGCGGGACUUUUUUGCGACUUAAUCGAAGAGCUUUCUAAACAUUUAGUCUGCAUUUUCUUUUUUUUCUAACGAGGGUCGUAUGUUACGUAGCUUCCCAUAGUGUUCCUUAUACAAAUCUAUGUUUGCAACGUUAGGAAUGUUUUUGUAUGCAGAAGAAAUCGUACAAAAGUAUGCAAUUAUUUCCAAUUUGUCUUAAAUCCAAUAUUUGAUCAAUUCUAUAAACUACAAACCGUUCGAAUCAUCAAGUAUAUUGAAUGCAUAUUUUUUGUCUAUAAUUUUAUUAAUACCAUUUAUAAAGAAAAGUAUCGCGAAAUAUUUUGAUCAUUUGAGCGCUUGAUAAUUAAGUGCGACGACUCAAUAGAUACACCCCUUAACAAUAGCAUACUUCCCGUUAGGAAUAUAUAUUUCAAAUAGUUACCAAGAAAUGGCGAUCUUUUCAAGUUUGUAUUUAUUGGAUUUAGGACAUUUUAGAAGAAACCUGUUCGAUUACUUUCUCUUUGAGCUUCGUCGAAUACUUUCCGAAAACCGGCGGCAAAUCGUUUUCUCGGUAAAAAUUUAAUAACAAGCAAUGCUUUCCCGUAGCAUCUGCGCGACAUCAGUUUGAUUUCACGUUUUCCGUAACACGAUUUAUCCUCUUUAAUACUUACAACGAGUUUUCGAUCAGUUUAACGGCUAUCAGGAUGGGCAACAAUUCCACGUCGUGGCAGUUUUCCACAAGUUUUGCGGCCGCUUUCGUUCGAUCGCCGGAGACAUGGCACAAACACGAGCGUGCGUGAACGAAACUUUGAAAUUGAUAGUGUUACCAGGUAUCGCUUCGAAUUUGCGAGUACCCCGCAUCCCCUUUAAUAACCCUCGGCCCCUUCUACUUCGGUUCUCGCACCGUUCCCAUAAUUAAUCACCCACUUAGAACGUUUCAAUUUCAUUUUAUCAACAAUCACGCAGUCUCCCAUCGUUACAUUCGAAACAUGCAAAGCGUGACUGCUGGAUCGAUAUUAAUCCUCUAUUGCAUAAUGUUAGCUGAUUACGAACCCGAUAAAACGACUCGUAAAGUUCGCCGGGGGAAAAUUUACGGGAUUUCCACGCGAUAAUUUCGCAAGGCACCUGGCCGAUCUGCUGGUUCCCUCUUUACUUUGGUUAAUUAAUUAAUUCGCGUACUUGCGAAUAAUUGCGAAAUAACGUCGAUUUGGAUUCGUUUGGAUACGAAAUAAAAUUCGUGCGAUAGAGGGUUAAGCGCAACGAUUAGCUAAAGGUGCCGAUGACACUGUUCGCUACUCAAAAUUAAUAUGUAGAUACGAAGAUGGAACCAUUAGGACGACGAUUCGAUGCACGUCUGCGUCGAGAUUCAACAAAAUUGUAAAACCGCGACGUGUACGAUUACGAAACAAGAUCAUUGUAAUUUCCAGCAAGAUUUCGCAAACAUAUCUGAAUCAAAAAGAACAAUUCGUCGGAUAAUCGAAGGAGGACUCCGAUUCUUCGUUUCGACGGUAGCCGAGGGUGAAAAGGAAUGCGAACGAAACACUUCGUUUUACAUGGUUUUAACGUUUUGCUAACUUUUAACCACGCGUUAGGGUUCGUUAUGUAUUCGUCGACAUUUCGUCUGCAUCAGGAUUGGAAUUAUUUUUCAGGAACUCGCGCGUAAAGAGAGAACAACACCGAACAACAUUACAUAUCGUGGUUGCGUUAAUGAUGCCACUGCUCUGGAAAUAUAAUAAUUGAAAGAAGAAGAUAAACAUAAAAGAAAAAAAAAUAAAUAACGACAAAGUAACGUGUGAUUUUUUAGGAGGCUCAAUUAAGCAGCACGGUGUGCGUUUCCGUAUCGACGAUACACGGUGGAGAACAACAAAAUGCAGACGAAAAGUUUUAAAAAAAAGGGAUCAAAUACUGGAUACUGUAUUUAUUAAUUCACGUUCGAUAGAAUCCAGGAUGAUGGCGAAAACAAAUUAACGUGUCGGGUUUACGUAACAGGAACGACACGCGCGCACGGCGGCCGAAACGUUUUUUCCAAAAUGAUAAAAAUAUUCUCGUCGACUGCGACGACGAAACGAGAUUUUACAAAAAAAAAAAAUAAAAAACUCUUCGAAAUAAGUCUGCGUAUUAGUUAGAAGUUCUGAAUGCAUGUACGAUGAUGGACUUCCCUCACGUUCCGUGAGUCCAUUGCGUGUACGAAUUUCACGUGAAUAGAAUCGUACGCGUAUCGCGUGGUACCGCUAUCGAUUAAAUAGAAGAAGUGUAUGAUGAACGGUACGACGAAAAAAAAAAAAAGAAAAUAAGAAGGAUAAUAAAAGAAACCACGACACUUAGACUUAUUUCGAUCGAUUCAUUCACUCGCUUCCCUCACUCUCUACGUCGUAAGUCGUCGAUCGUUUGCGUAAAAAGAAAAGAACGUUAGAAAAGAAAAAAAAAACAGAAAAAAAGAAGAAGACAAAGUACUUCCGCGAGAAUCUCUCAUCUUGUUUUCCGUCUGCGUAAAACGACCGCCCUUUUCCCCCCUUCCUCGAAAGCCCAAUUUUUGUCACGCAAUAUCGAAGUAUUCCAUAAAAUAGACCUAAAAGAAGAAAUGGUAGUCAAUCGUCAUUUAAUAAUUCCGAUCUCAAUUUACGAAAGUAGGGUAAACUCGAACGAGUGGAACGAUAUUGUUACGCGUUUUGAGAGAGACGAUCGAAUCGUAGGAAAGAACCCCAGGCGAAUGGACGCAUUCACCGAUAUCAACGAAUGAGUUAUAGGAACGUCACUGUGUUUUGGUUCGUCUAAGUAACGAUCGGUAAUUGCGUAAACUGUGGGUGGACCGAUUGUUUCAAGUUCGUUGGGCGAUAGGAGCAAUCACCUUGGCUGUAAUUUCUUGGCGAUGGUCGAGAUUAGGAGAUGGAGAUGUUUCUUGGUGUUUCCUGUUUAGUAUACUCUAGGUUUUAUUUUAGAGGCAUAUUUAGAGGCAUACACCUAGGACAAGUGAAAGUCAAUUUGAUAUUUACCAUUUCUUUUUAGACGAGGUAAAAGCUAUGUCGACUUUACAGAAAAUGAUUCAAUAAACAAAUAAUAUUGACGAUGCAAUAGGUAAUAAGAGAUUAUAUCGUUGAUUUACUUUUCAGGAAUCAAAUUUAUUUACCCAAAGAGAAUCGCAUUAAAAUAGAACCAAAAUUGUUCAUAUUCAAUAAAGGACACCUGAAAAGAUAUUUCUCUCUUCUUACAACACGAUCGUUAUUAAGAAACUGCAAUCGAGAAAGAUUGCCGUCAUUAUCCGACGAAGUUGAACAAAUAAUUAGCCCGCUGUUUGAAUAAUUGCUCAUCACUGAUAUAUAAUUUGAUUUUCCUCGGAGGAUGAACGAGCAUAGAAACGCAAGAGAAAAAGAGAGGAAGAGAAACGCGUCAACGGCUUGAAUAAAAUUGAUCUCUUUCCGGUCUAAGCAAGGAAAAUUCGCUAGAGACGUAAGAUCAGUAGGAUAAUAGGUAAUAAAAAUCUUUAUUACUCGAAACGAAAAUUCGAUAAGCGCGACGCGUUUUUACACGUUCCGCGUGCGUAAUCUCCGCAUCGAUAGUAUCUACCAUAGAAAAUCUUUGUGUAUUUACGCAUCGUAUGUAUCAUCUCCGACGUAAAUUUAAGUUACGUUUACUGUUGUAAGAUUUAUACACGUCGUCGGUCUCUCAUGUCGGUGAAAUCCCGUUUUUUCAUUAUAGUACCUAGGUACACGGAGAGAGCAAACAAUUUUUCGUACGUUGCUUAACGUUUUUCGCCCGCCUUUUUACGAACCUUUGUGUCUUACUUCGAACAUUAUUCGCAUCCGUUGAAACCGAAUUUUAAUAAAAAUCCACAAUUGAAA